CUUCAAUAUUCUGGGGUGGGAGGGGUUGAGAAGACAUGAGAGUGGAAAAUCAUGUUGUAAUGAAUCCAGUGUGCACCUGUUCAGCAGACCGUCAGCUUCAAUUAUACUUGUGUCUCAAGAUCUCAAAAUCAUCACUCACAAGCUUCAUCCGGAGAAAGAGAACAGGGAACAACGUGAUGGGGUUUUAUAGAGAGGGUUUGAUCCUCUCUCUUCUAAUCCAGUGGGCUACAGCAAUGUCCCUCGCUGGGACAACAUCAGAGAUGCCUGAUCGUAACCAGUCAACGAUAGACUUUCCGAAACUACCUGCAGACUUCAGGGAAAUGGCCAAGAAACUGAUGAUCACAUGCUCCAAGAAAGGUUACCACAUGCCUGUAAUGAACAAUUCACUGAACAGCUCAUAUGCACAGACACAAGGCCAGAUGAUGGAGAGCCCUGCCUCUAUGUUUAUGGAGCUUCUCUCCUCCCUCCCUCCAUCCUUCCCCCUUCGCUCCAAUCAGUCCAAUGAAACAGCAGAAGACCAAGCCUGGAGCAUUGCUGAAAAAUUGCAGAACUGCACCAACAUGGGCCAUAUGAUUGAGCUCAUGAGGAACACUACGGACAGCCCUCGUUGUUUCAUGAGGGCAUUCAUGGCUCCUCUUUCCUGGAUGGCCAUUAUGCAGAACGGAACAGACCUCAACAAAGAAGAUCUAACAAAGCUUCUAUGGGCGGCUAAACCUUUCUUAGAAACAAUGCCUCCAUCUAGCUUUGUUCUUCCAGCAUUUUCACAAAGCUCUCACCUGGCUGAAAUGAUGAAGGUGUUUAGUGAGGUGUUCAGCGUUCUGUCUGAAGAACAGAAGAAUGAGAUUAUAGGGUGGGUCAAAGAAAGAGUUGCACAAAAUGAAUUUAACUGCCUUCUGAAAGCACCCGCCUCCAACAAGCUGCCUUCUAAACCACAGGAGAAACCUACCAUGAAAAAUGGCCCACCACACAAGGGUGUGACAGGCGGACCAGGAGCUGAAGCGACUGACCAUCCUGCAAUGAAUGCUUCAACAGCAGUCCGUAUAUGUCCUCCUGGAUUGCUCUGGCUGAGGGCUAGGAUGUUGGCAAUAAUGGGACCUUUCCUAUCCCGACUGCCUUUAGAGGAAGUAAAGACAAUCCCUAAAAAUGAGCUUUGUGAGUUUUUCAGGACUCCAGAUUUCUCUCCAUCUUUUCAUAAUGUUAGUGGAAUGCAGCCCGCCCUGGGCCGGACACUUUUUCAACGUUUGAAACAAGAGUGUUCCAGCAGUGACAAUUUCACUCAAAACAUGGACAGAUUGGGCUCUCUGGCUUGUUUUAUUGAUGGCACACUGUCUCUGAAUCUGAAUCUAAGUAGAAAACUGCUGUCUCAGAUUGAUGCCUGUAAAAAUUCUGAAAUAGACAAGGUGAAGAGACAGUUAGUACAGAACAUUCUGGAGAAAGAUAGCGGUGCUUCCUCUCCUGAGAUGCUCCAGUCUCUGGGAUCCUCUGUGUCUGUUCUUCCCCUUUCCAUACUGUCCCGCUUCACCCCUAAGGACCUGAACAACACCCUCAGCAGCUUUAGACAGGCCAAAUGGAGCCCAGCUCAAGCUAAAACUCUGGCUCAGAAACUGUUGGAAAAUGCUACGAAUAUAAAUGGUGAGAAGCUGCUGUCUCUGGGUUCGAUGGUGAGAGGGGUAGCCAGUGCCGUCCUCAAGAAUGUGAAGGCAGAAGGUUUGCUGGGAAAUGAAGCCCUGAAAACUAUGAGUGAGAAGAUGUCCUCCCUACAAAGAACAGCAUUACUGGAAGCGUUCCGCCGUGAUGUGAACGCAUCUGAACUGGUGAAGGGGUUGCCAGAUUCUCUCCUCUCUUCUCUGUCUCUGUCCACGCUGGAGAAGGCAGACCUCAGUUCUGUGGACCAGCUUCAGGGACGUGGCUGGACUGCUGCUCAAUCAACUUUCCUUUUGAAGAAGAUUUUGGGUAAUAAGAUCAACCUUGGUGAAUUACGGAAGUUGGGUCAGGCUGUACAAGGUGUCACCUGUGAAAUGAUUGAAAAAAUCAAUCGAACUGAUGCUUUGGAUAUGGCACAGACACUUAACAAAUCCUGCAUCUGGCUCUCCAGGGUUCAGAUUCGCUGUGCAGCUCAAAAACUCUUUGCAAGUCUGGAGGAACAGAGACCAGGAUAUUUCAGUGACAUUAAAAACUCUGAGCUCCAGGCCAUCCCAGCUCUGCUGCUCAUCCAUCUACCAGUGGAGAAGAUUCAAAACCUGUCAGAUGCUGUGUGUCCUGCUUUCAUGGAGAAGAUGAAGCAAGUCAACCUGUCCUCUCUGCCAAACAGUUCUCCAGCACGCUACGCACUUACCAAAAGAGCGAUCGGCUGCCUGAAGGGGAAUGUGUCUGAUCUGUCUGCAGCAGAGGUUUUGACUCUAGGUCCUCUGGUGUGUGAGUUAGACCCAGCCUGGAUCUCCUCUCUGAACUCUGCGGCUCUGAACUCCACCCUGCAGGCUCUCGCGUCCUGUCAGUUUAUCCAACAACAGCACAGAGAGAAUCUGUUCAGACUGCUUACGGGCACAUACGGGGACCCUGCUUACUGGUCAGAGGAAGACACGAGGGCACUUGGUCCUCUUUUGUUGCUUAAUGACACUGCUGUUGAAAAGCUGCCAUCCAAAAGCUGGCUGAAGUCAUAUCUGUCAGAUCUGAUGGAUAGUUUGCCCAGUCAGCCUGUGGUUCCUCCUCCAAAGGAAUUCCGCUCUUGGCUUGAUCUCUCUGCGCUUCGCCGCAAACUUUUUGAGCUCAAAACAAGUAGCACAUUACAAAGUCGCAGGAAGCGUGAAGUGGGGUCUACUCUAGAGCCUACACUCAUUUAUAUUGAGGACCUAAAACAGGGGAAUGUAUACUGGACUCCCCUCCAGUUCAGUAAAAUGACCACGCUGACUUUCAAAGAUGCCGUGCCAACAUUAGGAGAGAUAAACAACUACAGCACAGAACAACUGGCUGCACUCAGAACAAAAACUUUGGAGGCAUGGGGUAGUGUAACCAUGUUGAAUGAGUCCCAGAUUACUCAACUGGGCUGCAUCUGCCAGAGUUUCAGUGUUGAAGAGUUGGGCAACCUCAGCAUUGCCUCAGUGGACACUCUGGAAACACUGUCUGCCUGCAACUUUAUCCAGACACAGAGGACAGCAGUCUGGCAGGCCUUUGAAAGGGUGUCUGGAAUCAGCGUGGCUGGACUAGGACGUCUGGAGAUGGCGGGACUGGGUCAGUUUAUCUGUGGUCUACAACCUACCCAGAUUGAUCAGCUCAAUUCCACUAGCUUCAGAGACGCAAUAGAGGCAGUGGGUCGUGUUUCUUGUCCUCUGAACAUUAGUGAUCGUCUUAAGGAAAAGGCAGUGGCUGUGUUUGGAAAGCCAGAAACCUGGACUGAAGCUCAAGUUAGUGUAAUGGGCAACAUCAUUGCUGGUCUAAGCGCUGUUGAGCUGGGACGUCUAAAUUCAACCAUCUUGCCAUUCAUUCAACCAUCCGCCAUCCCUCUCAUACCUUCUGAUCGCUUAGCUGCACUGUCGGUCAGCCAGUUGAAGGCUUUGGGUCCUGAUAAUGCUGCCAUGGUAACAGAGGCACAGCGCGCGGGACUGAGAGCCGAUCAAAGGGCUGCACUGGAUGAAGCCGUGGGACUGAAAACAGCACGUGCUGAAGUGUCCACUGGAUCCUCCAGUACAAGCUCCAGUGGAUCAGCCCCACUGCCACUAAAAGGAGGCGCAGCGGUCGAGAGCAUGACAGGAUGUGUCCUCUUCAUGCAGGCCAUCAUGUUGAUGUUACUUAGAUAUAUUCUCUAAGAAGAAGAAGGUUCAAAGGUCACAGGAUGGCAUGUUUUAGAUGGCAGAUUUGCAUGUUGAUGUAUGAUCAUGUAAACCUGUAGAAUAGUAUCUGGCCAUUUAAGAAUGACUAUAUUUAAAACUUAGCCACAACUUAGUGAUUAGACUAAAGCCAACGAUAAUAUGAUGAGGCUGAGGUUUGAUAAGGCGGGUCUAUCCCAUUAAAUGUAUUUUAGAGAGAAACUAUAUUUGAUAAUUCCGCUGUUUAGAUCUUUUCAAAUGCUGAUUUAUUAUUCUAUGAGAGAUAUUAUAUACUGUGCACACUUCAUUAAUAUAUCCAAGGUGUAGUUUUGUUAUCAAUUUAUUUAAUUCCAGUUAAAUGUUUGUAUUAAAAGUUGUGUUCUUUGGUAACAGAAUUUAAAUAAUUUAUACCCCAACAUGAGGCUAAUAAAGGUAUGUCUGUAAAGAGA